AUGGCUCAUUCUAAGCUUAUAGCAGCUGCAUUGUUGAUUUCACUCUUUGUUGAUCUUGCCUUUUGUGCAAGAUUAGGAAAGACGGUAAACGGUGGUGGUGGUGGAGGUGGAGGAAGAGGUGGUGGUGGCGGCGGUGGUGGAGGGUUAGGUGGGUCAGGUUCGGGAUAUGGUACAGCGGAAGGCUUGGGAUAUGGUGAGGGUGAUGGAGUGCUUGGACGUGGCGGAGGAGGUGGUGGGGGAGGUGGUAGUGGAGGUGGUGGUGGAGGAGGAAAUUCGGGGAGGGGUAGUGGUUCUGGAUAUGGGUCAGGAUAUGGAUCAGGGUAUGGGUCAGGAGGUCCUACAUAG